AUGGAAGGCAUAACAGAAUGUAGGCUGGCGGAUAUACUCAAAUUUUCAGGCGUUCCCAGCGCAAAGGAGAUAGUCACAACGCCGUUUGAUGAGUACAAGGCUGGCAGACAGGUUGCCGGAGAUAUUAACAUCUUUGAGUCGUCAAGGGGCCCCGUUAUACGAUAUACAAACAGCAAAGACUGGAUCCGAUUUGUCAGCUUCAUUGUAAACCGACAUCUUGAAGGAGAUAAGCGCAAAGGAAACGGGGUGGUCCUGGUCAUCGAUUGCGGCUAUCAGUUCAGAAGGCUGUUUGCCGGGAAGGACAGUAUACUUGUUGUGGAGUUCGAAGACGUGCUGAAAGUAGACGGCCCUUUGGCGGGCUUAGACCGCCAUAUCGAACUCACCAUCUGGAGCAACGUCGGCUUGAUAGAAGACUAUCUCAAUUGCAUAGACGUCAUCAAUCUACGGUUUGCUGAUGGCCUCUUGUUGGGUACGUCUGUUCUGGGAGUGUUCCGAUACGUCUGA